UCGUCUUUUCUUAACACCUUACUCGGUCUUCUUCUUCUUCUUCUCCUUUUACUUGAGAAAUCAAGAGAGAGAACGAGAGAGAAUUUCUGAGAGACCCAAGAACAUGGCUUGGUUCAGAAGCCUCAUUAAUGUUUACUCCAUUAAGUCUUCUUCAAUUAAGCACAAAUACUUGAACCCAUCUUCUCCUUUCCUCUUCACAUCUUUGUUGCAGCAUUUCAGCAGUGAAUCAACACUUCAAAUCCCAUCUCCAAAUGAUCAUCACUACACUGGUCUCGGGCCAACUAAGCCUGGUGAGAAGCCGAGGAUUGUGGUUUUGGGUUCGGGAUGGGCUGGUUGCAGGCUUAUGAAAGGUAUAGACACCAAUAUCUAUGAUGUAGUCUGUGUGUCACCUCGGAAUCAUAUGGUUUUCACUCCUCUGUUAGCUUCCACCUGUGUUGGUACCCUUGAAUUUCGAUCUGUAGCUGAACCAGUCGGAAGGAUUCAACCUGCUAUUUCUAGGGAACCUGGUUCUUUCCUCUUUCUUGCUAAUUGCAAGGAACUUGAUGCUGAUAACCAUGUGGUGAAAUGUGAGACUGUGACGGAUGGAGAGAAAACCCUGAAGCCUUGGAACUUUAACAUCUCAUACGAUAAGUUAGUUAUUGCAGCAGGAGCUGUGGCCUCAACUUUUGGAAUCCAUGGAGUGAAGGAACAUGCUAUUUUUCUUCGUGAAGUUCAUCAUGCUCAACAAAUCCGUAGGAAGUUACUCCUGAAUCUAAUGUUGUCUGAUGUGCCUGGAAUCUCAGAGGAAGAAAAAAGUAGACUAUUACACUGUGUUGUCAUAGGAGGUGGUCCUACUGGGGUUGAGUUCAGUGGAGAACUUAGUGAUUUCAUCAUGAGAGAUGUUCAUCAAAGAUACGCCCAUGUGAAAGAUUACAUCCAUGUAACCCUAAUUGAGGCUAAUGAGAUAUUAUCAUCCUUUGAUGAUCGCCUCAGGCGAUAUGCCACUAAGCAAUUGACUAAGUCAGGUGUACGUCUCGUCCGUGGAAUUGUAAAAGACGUUCAGCAGCAGAAGAUUAUUCUUGAUGAUGGAACAGAGGUUCCGUAUGGGUUGUUGGUGUGGUCUACAGGUGUUGGUCCUUCUCCUUUCACAAGAUCUCUGCAACUUCCAAAAUCUCCUGGUGGAAGGAUUGGUGUUGAUGAAUGGUUGCGCAUUCCUUCCAUGCAGGAUGUGUUUGCAAUUGGUGACUGUUGCGGUUUUCUUGAAAGCACCGGCAAACCAGUACUUCCAGCUUUAGCUCAGGUAGCAGAGCGGCAGGGUAAAUAUCUUGGGAGCCUAUUGAACAAGAUUGGUAAAGCUGGUGGAGGGCAUGCGAACAGUGGAUGGGAAAUCGAAUCGGAGGCCCCAUUUGUUUAUAAACACUUGGGAAGCAUGGCAACUGUUGGGAGUUACAAGGCUCUUGUGGAUCUCAGACAAAGCAAGGAGGCAAAGGGGUUGUCUCUGACAGGAUUUGUUAGUUGGUUUAUUUGGCGGUCGGCAUACUUAACACGAGUAAUAAGCUGGAGAAAUAGAUUCUAUGUUGCAGUAAAUUGGGCUACCACAUUCGUGUUUGGCCGUGAUAUAAGCCGUAUCUGAAAACAAAAUUAGAGGAUUGUUGGCUUGACACCACCAAAAAUAAAUAAAUAAAGAAGAAAAAAAAGAGGCUUGUUGGCUCAGUUUUGCAGAUGGUAGGCACCACCAACACUGGAGGAAUACUCUCUCUCUCUCGCUGGUCUCCUAGUUAAGAUAUGUAUAUGCCUUUGAUACAAAUCCCUUUAAAACUUGAAAUAGAACAUAACAGCACAUGCAUGCUUUGUGACAAAUAUUGUAAGAUCAAUAAUGGCAGCGGAAAAUAAACUUAAGAAGAGGAUCACCUACCUCCAUUAGGCCCUUUGAUCCCUCUAGGCGUCGUUGUCCAACUUCGACAUUCUCUUAAUGCUCCGACAGCCUUUCCCAUGUCUGGCAAUCAUCAAUGGAAAACACCGAGGGCUUGCUCCCUGGCUUGUCUCUCCUCGAGUCACAAGCUUUGGUAGAUAUGCACAUAAGUGUUUCCCCAUGCCAGAACCCCUAUCCUUCAGUAACCUUUUCUUUCUGUAGAAAAGACUACUGAAGGAAGGUGAGAAGAGCAUCAAUUCUACUAAUUGGGUGCAAUCUCAAGUGGAGGCACUGAAGGAAAGUGAGGGGAGCAUCUACUUCGGUAAUCGGGUGCAAUCUCAAGUAGAAGCAAUCAGGGUCUACAACAUGAUCUUACGGUCUAAUUUCAUACUGAACUUCAAAAAUUGCUUUUCUUAUUCCAUCUUUUUCAAGAACAUUGUCUCAGUUUGUGUUUAAUUUUGAUGGUGCAAUUGUUAAUUUGUACAGAAACAACAUUUUAGUAGGUUCUGGAUCUUUAGUUGAUGGAUUAUAUCUCAUGCAUUUAGAUCCAGUACCUGAAAGUAAUUUAUUUACCUUAUCUA